AUGCCUACCUGGAGACACUGUCAUCUUGCUCUUCAAGAUGAGUCUUUCGUUCGAGAGUUGCAACUCUGCGUCAAGCAAAAGAAUGAGAUCCUUCAGAAGGAUUUGGCGGAUGAUGUUGCUGCUCGCAGCUGUGAGGACCAUCACGCAGCAAUACAGCAUCGUGUCUCGCAUGGAAGCUGUCUACGUGCGGAGCAGUGCCUCAAGUUGGCGACUACGUGCCAGCAUCACCGACGGCCGACAGACCUCAUCCGUCACUUGGAGGACGAGUUUUCUCGUGCCGAAUCCAAGCUUGGGAACUUUCCAGAGUUGCGUCUCACGGAGGCUGACCGCUGCAGUGUUUUGCUGCAAGCUCUGAGCCAGGAGCUCAAACAGUACGUCGUUCUUCAUGGGAAGAGCAACGACUGGACAUCGCUGAGCGAUAGCCUUCGGUACUAUGAGGAGCAGCUUCGUCUGGGUGACAAGCUUUGUGACCACUGUGGACGAAAGGGACACCUGGCUAAGGACUGCUGGAGCCGUCAGCGUGAAGCCGGUGAAAAGGGCAAGAAGGGCGACAAGGGCAAGAAGGGCGAUGGCAAGGGAGCGCAGAAUCCCAAAGGAAAGCCACGCUCUCCAACGCCGAAAGGCGGAAAAGGCGGCAAAGACAAGGAGCAGAAGCCCGACAAGCCUGAUAAAGGCAAGGGCAAAGGCAAGAAGAAGAAGGCUAGAGCCCGGGCUAUGGGAGAACCAGAGUCCGAGGCAGAGUCCGAGUCUUCGAGGACCUCCACCGUGAUGGCGAUGAGGUUUGCCAACCUUCUGCUGUACGAGAAGUACUGA